AUGCGAUCCUCUUUCAUCACUCUUACUUUUACAGUUGUCUGUUUGCUUGGUUCUUCCUUGGCAUCUCCAGUUUACGAUAAACGUGGCCUUAUUGAUGGUAUUCUUGGUGAUGAUCUUCUUGGUGAUGGUCUUCUUGGUGAUGGUCCCCUUAACGGUAUUCUCCAGGCCCGAGCUGUCCAGGACGAUACUCAAGCUGCUGGGAGUAUUGUUGGUCGUAGUGUGUCCGGCGAUGGCGCUGCAGAUGUUAUUAGUCAUGAUAGUGGUCAUUUGUACAAGAGAAGACGCAUACUCAAAAAAUUACUCCGUGGUGCACGCCGUUUCCUUACUCAUAGGCCAAACUUAAGUUAG